AGGUUCUACCCUCCUAGACGAUGGACUUGCCGAGAUAGGAUUGAGUUUUUGUAUGGUUUCAUGACUAAUGAGUUUGAACCAAAAGAACGACUUUGAUCAUCAAAGUGAGAUGCAGAAAGAGCAUUACCCUCUCCGAGGGUGAACAGAAAUUUUUGCUAACGAUUGGGGAGAGUUUCUACCAGGAAGCUCGUGAGUUGGAACGAAAGUACGUUGCUUUGAGAAAAAUAUCUAGAGGCCUUAUUUCCAUGUUAUUCCACCUGGUGAUAAUCAACUAGAGAAUUGGCAUCGCUAUCUAGAUUUUGUCGAGAUGCGAGAAGAUUUUGACCGGGCUGUAAAACUUUAUGAAAAGAUGCUUUAUCUCCUGUGCUGCUACACUGAGUUCUGGAUGCGGAGCCUUGAAUUCAAGGAAACUGAGGGAGGGAGGGAGGGAGCCAGCUAACUUUGCGCUAGUCCGAGCAAGAGAAGUAUUUCUUAAGGGGAUCCGGCUUUCAGUAGUCCAACUUCCCAAUCUCGGCCUUUCAGCUCGACAAUUAAGUGUCCAGAUUGCACAUUUAAUGGCUGUGGUAACUCGAACCGUGGACUGCAGACAAGCCAAGAUUAUUCUUAAGGCACUCAAUUGUUGGACAAUCUGAUGGUAAGAAGAAAGAACCCAUUUCCAACGCCUUUUCGUCCAUCUGAAGGCAGUACUUCAGACCAACGUACCCAGCCCCAGAUGCAAGAGCAGGGACAAUCAACGCAUGAAAAUCAGACUUCAACCCCCAACCAGGUUUCCACAAGUCAGAUCCAACGAGAAACAAAAGACAACAAUGUACAGGAGAGAACCCAACAGGCCUCACUUAAAAUUGCAGAACCAUGUGUUGAGGAUGAACCCUUAGUAAACAAAACAAGCCAUGGCUUGGAACAUCAGUCCGGAGAUGAUGCAUGUGGACAACUGGAAUCAACUUCUUAUAUGGUACAACAGUCACCAAAAGCUGCAAAUGAACCAGUGGGGCCAGCUCGUGGUUUAGUACCGCAAAAUGUAAAAGAUGCAUGUGGACCAAAAGUGCCUGCUCCUCCUGGUUUAAUUCAUCAACCUGAAGAAGAUGCUUAUGAACCAGUAGAAACGGCUCAUGGUUUGGCUGAAAACACAACUCAACCUACUCAUGAUUUAGUUCAUCAAGUUGCCGAUGUUGAUUCAUUUGCAGUUGCCUCACAAAGAGACAUGGAUUCCAUUUAUGUUGAGAAAGAGUUGGACCCUGAGUUUGAACAAAAUGUUAAAUUGUUUCCUUCAGAUGGUCUUUACUUGAAUUCUCAGGACAAGGGAUAUGGGGAUUCAACAUCCAUGUCUUCUUCUGUGCAACAAUCUCCUGCUUUUAAUAGACCAGAGAACUAUCUGAAGGCUAAGGGGAGCCCUAGUAUAGUCAGCCCAGCAAGCACUAGAUCUUGUGAUCUGGCCCAAAUCGAAAAUGGACCUGUAAAACUUUCAUCUGGAGAUGCAAGAUCUGGGUUUCACCCUGAUACAGAAAAUCGACCGCAUAAAAAAUUGCGAGUUGCUCCAAACAAACAAUCCCCACCAGCUGAAAUGAAUGCUCAAAUGGUUAACAGUCAAGGUGAUUCCCAUAUUUCUUUAAAUGGGCAAAUUCCACAAGUUCAAGGGAAUUCAACAACUACUCAUUCGUGGCCACCACAAAAUUUGCGGCAGCAAAGCUUUGUUUCCGAAAACCAAUCACUUCCUCAAGCACAGAUGGCUCAGUUUCCUAUGCAAAGUGCAGGGCAGUAUGGGAUGGUAGCUGAUAAUCAAGUUUACAAUCAGAUGAUGGAAAAUUAUUUCCGGCAGCAGCAGUGUAUGAUUCCUCAACUUCACUAUCAGGAGCGACAACAAUUUAUGCAGCAGCAACAAGUUCAACAACCCUAUCAGCAGCAACAACAUCAUCAUCUUUAUUUACAACAGCAACUGCCACAAUUGUCCUAUCAACAGUUGCUACAGCUGCAGGAACAAGAAGCUCAGCUGAUGCAGCAGCAGCAACAUCAGUUCCAUAAUCCGUUGUUGCAGCCCCAGGAACAGAACCCAAUGCAACGGCAACAAGUAUAUUUGCAGCACCACCAGCAGAUUAUUUCCCCAAAAAUUCCAACAUGGAACAGGAGCUACUAUCAGCAGCAAUCUUCAAUGGAAAACUUCGGCAACAGCCAUUCUAGGGUUGAAUCAGGCCAGCAGUUCGCAUAUCAGGGACAACAGGUUAUGUCUCCUCAUAGUGCAAGUGCAUCUGAAUUUCCAAAUCCGCAGCAACAAUCUCGAGGCAUAACACAACCGCAUCAUGCAGCUGCAUCUGGAUCUUCUGUUUCUCCACAUAACCAGCUGCAACCUUCCCAUGGAGUGAUGCCGCAUGGUGCGGCUGCAUCUGGAUUUGCUGUUUCUCCACAUAACCAGCUGCAACCUUCCCAUGGAAUGACGCCACAUGGUGCAGGCGCGUCUAGACCUUUUUCAUCUUCGUAUAACCAGCAACAUCACCGUAAAUGAUCUUCUAUUAUUCACAUGAUUCUUUUGGAGAAGUUGCUUCAGAGGAGGACAUUUGUAUUAGUGUUGUGUGAUUGGAAUGCAACGAGAACUGUGAGUCGUGAAGGACGAUGUGCUUCUUUUAUGAGAAUCCUGUGUUGAUCUUACAUGCCGAAAAAUAAAGCUCUAACCGGGUGUGUUUUUUUCACACCAUGAGAGCGUCGUACUCUAUGGUCUAUUACUUAAGUGGUUAAUAGGGUGAACAUUUUGAGGGCUUUUCUGUGUUUUUGCUCAGACUUGGUUCUGCUAUUCUGGUAUUUGAUGAACUCAUUUUUUAAGUGAUUCAGUGUUGUUUUU